AUGCCGAACGAGCUUGAUGAACUAUUCUCCGAUGAAUCCAGCUUCUAUGGUGACGAGUCGGAAAAGUCGCGUCUUGAAGAGCUAGCCGAUUCAUAUGAGCCGGGGCCGUACUGGUCGGAUAUCCAUCCAUAUCUCUUAUCUACUAUUCAACAUGGCAUUCUUACUUCAGAAAAAGCCACUAAUGAUCACAAAUCCAAAAACACAGCAUUGGAUUCGAGCGUGACGCUCGAGAUGCCCCUCACAUCACUGAGCCGCAAUGCGCGCAGUCCGAAUGAAUCUGCCGAUGAGUUCUUAGCACGUCUCGCACCAUCCACGACAAAGGAAGAAGACGUCGGGCCAUGGAUAUUCGUGUCGAAUCCAAAUCGCAACUCCAACCCCGAUGGGCCGGCCAUCACAGAGCUUGUGCGCAAAGGAACCGAGCUGCUCCACGGGUUCGAGAACCAAAAAGCCAGCCUGGAAGCUGAGCAUGAUCGUUCUGGGUCGAAAUCGAAAGAAGCUCUGACGCGCAAGUUGAAUCCGCUACGGCGGUCGUUGGAGCAGGGAAUUUUCGCACUGGCGCGCAAGACGGGUGUUGUAUCUGGGAAGUGGAUGAUGUUCAUCACUCCCGAUCGAGUGAACAGAUACUGGGGAGCCGUUGCAGCUGCGACGGUAGCUGGAGAGCUGGGCGAUGCGGCGAAAGUUGCAACCGAAGGUGGCUCGGGAAGCCCACGGUUGAUUGCCAUAUACACUAGGGACUAUGCGGAUCUAGAUGAUGUAAAACGCGUGCUCGAGAAGUUGAUUGAUCUUGGUCUGGUAAAACAGGACGAAAGGCCGAUCUACUAUAAGUGCGAUGCUCUCACGUACUUGAGCAUCAUGAGCGAUAAUCCAUAUGGGCUCAAGGCCAGCAUGGCGUCGAGUCGCGAUGUAUUGACAGGAAAAGUGUAA